AUGUCUUCCGAUCCCACUUCUGAAGGAGACAGCUCGUCCGGUGUUCUACCAUCUGAGCAGCGGCCAGAUCGGCCAGAUCAGCCAGUGGUCACGGAAGUACAGGAACCUACAAUCGAUGAAAGUGCACAUACAGAUGCAGAAAAUAACGACAAAGAGAACGACAUAGAGGAUGAAACUCCUGCCAAACCCCUGGCGCCCAACAAGCCCACGCCGAAAACUCACCCAGGAUGGAGUCGCGACCCGGCAAAAUUAUACGCCUUGUACACACAAACGCUAUCAGACGAAGAGCUCUCGGUUUUCAAAGAAAAGGCCGUCUACUGCCCCUGCUGUUUCACCAUCAGUAGAGACCUCAGUAUUUUCUCUAGCAAACUCCCUCUGAAACCUAACCAAACCCCCAUUAUACGGUGGUCACUGGAUCUCUUAGCGCUCGUGGAAGCAACCGAAGCACGUUGUACCUUUUGUACCUUCAUGGCCGUGAAAUUCUUUUUCCGCAGCGGGUUGCUCGUCUUCGGGGUCCUGGAGCUGAACAAUGAUAUUGCGUGCUGUGCGGCUGGGGAUUUGAGCCAGGUGACUGAGGCUACGGAAAAAGCGAUUUCGAAACUGAGAGAGUUUUGUGGGAAGAAUCCGGGGGCGGGACUUGGGAUGGUCGUUGAGCCGAUUGAUUACGUGCCGGAGGAGAGGAGGGUUUCGAGGAUUAAGAUUUCGGCGCAGUCGAGGGAGGUGAUAAGUCAGAAGGCAGCGUCAGAGCUUUUGAGGCACUCUACUUCAAUUAUACUCGAAAUUUGCACUACUAAAGAUGAUCCAGCAGCCCAGUUCAUCAAAGGAAGACCUAUCAACCCCGACCCUGCUUCUGAAGCAAGUAUAAACCAGGCAAAAACAUGGAUCAACGACUGUCUUCACAACCACUCUGAAUGCCCCUCGCCAACCCCCACCCCUCUCCCAAAACGGAUCCUUAAAAUCUCCCCCGAUGCCGAAAAUCUUUCUCUCUACACCUCAUCCCAAGACAACCCUGCCCCUUAUACCGCGCUGUCGUACUGCUGGGGCGAGUCCCAAAGCUUCACAACAACCCUGGCUACCUUCUCUCAUGUCACAGCCGGUUUCCAAACCUCUGAACUCCCGCAAACACUUCAAGAUGCCGUGAUCCUGACGGCCAAACUAGGGUUGGAGUACAUAUGGAUUGACUCCCUCUGUAUCAUACAAGACUCGCCUGAAGACAAAGCGGAUGAAAUACCCAAGAUGGCAGCAUACUACAAGAACGCACACGCAACCAUCUGCGCAGCCGGCGGCUCCGCAUCCGACGGCUUCCUUCACACGCGUCACGAGUGUGAGAAACACCCUGGUCUGGGCCUCUCCAAGAAUCUCCUCAGCAUGCCCUACUUCUUCCCCGUUGAUGACGAAGAUCCCAACAGCAAGGAAGCGGUAGUAGGAACUAUGUAUUUCUGCGAAGACACCCCGCAUUUACUUUCCUGGGAACCGGUGUCAAGAAGAUCAUGGACGCUGCAGGAGCAGCUGUUGAGCCCAAGGGUGCUGAUGUAUGGGAGUCGUCUAGUGUGGCAGUGUCAUAGCAAGCAAGCUGCGGAUGGGGGCGUGGAGGACUGGAGCGGGGAUCGGAAUGCGAGUGAUCAUCGGAGGAUACAGCUGGCUUUGAGGGAUGUUGAUACCGAGUCGUCGGACGCAACCCUUAUUGUUACCUCUACCAGUUCCGAAAAGGACCCCAACGGUCCCGCAAGUGAAGAUAUAGAUAAGAAUCCUCCAACCCAAGGAGCAGCGCCAACAAAAGACAAAGAUAUCACCUCCCUGCUCCAAAUCUGGUACCACUCGCUACGCAUGUUCUCCCGCCGCGCCCUCACCUACGCCCCCGACAAGCUUCCCGCCAUCGCCGGUCUGGCCACCGAGUUCGCCAACCUCUCUGGAGACACCUACCUCGCCGGACACUGGCGCUCGCAGCUUCUCCGCGAGUUAAUGUGGAGUACGUACCCCAACCUCAAACUUUUCAAACCCUCACAAUGGCGCGCGCCCACGUGGAGCUGGGCAAGCGUCGAUAACGAUCUAUAUUGGGAGUGGAUGCCGGAUUUGAGGGAUGUGAGGAUGAGGGGGGUGGCAGAGGUGCUUGAUGUAGGUACGGGGUUGAAGUAUGAAGGGGAAGAUAAUGUCUAUGGGGAGGUGGAGGAGGAGGGGUGUAGGCUUGUGAUUCGGGGACCGGUUUUGAGUAUGGAUGGCGGAAAGGGGGGAGAGGAUGGUUUGAGUAGUUAUCUUAGGGGUGUUUAUGGUAUGCCACCCCCGAGCGGUGUUGGGACGGACUGGCUGCAAGAGAGUAUGGGGUUGUUGCCGCAGGAUGGGGGGAAGGUCGGUGGGGACUCGGAGUGGGUAGCACCGGUGGGGGCUAAAUUGUUGGUGUUGUGGGCGAGGGUCGGGAGGGAUGGGGAUGAGGAGGACGUUGAAAAGGAUGCUGAAUCUAACGCCAAACCCGAAUCCGAAGACAAGAAAGUGGUAACCGACGACGAGCGAAAAGAAAUGGUUAAAAACAAACUAGAUAGCUCCAACAGAGCAGUUCUCUCCGGCAUAGUAAUAGGCAAGACCGACGAUGGGAAAUACGAGAAAGUAGCUACCUUCACGAAGUUCUCUUUGACCGUCGAAGGGGGGCCUGCCUUGGGGUUUCUGGAGGGCAGUGCGGAGGUUGUGGAUAUUGUUUAG